GCAAGCCUCGGUGGAAGCUUAUUUAUGCGGCGAUCUUCGAUAAGAUUUUUGGUUUGCCAUGACAGCCAAGCGCAUUAAUGGAUUCUAUGUGCCGCGACUGAAACGUGUUUGAAAUUCGCAAACAACAAAAGCAUAUUCGUAUACAAAAAAGAACUGUGAAAACUUUGUUUGGCCCAAGCGACCAAAAGGAAAAAGUGUGAACAAAUAUAGUAUAGAAAAGGGCCAAAAAAUCAAUAUAUUAAAAGCAUGCGGGAACGCAGUCAAACAACGCCGCGUCGUCGUCGCAAUGGUCCCAAGCAGGCGCUGCCCGUCGAGUCCAACUACCAGUUAGAGCCGACCGAGGCCAUUUAUGGCUCGACUCUGUUGCCAUCGCAGCGUCGCUUUAUGGAUCCGUGGGAUUUGGAGAAUUACGAUUAUGUGCGCAAGAAAAUGGACAUGGACAACAUUUUGCCAGACUAUGAAACGGCGCUGGACUACGACCUGGCGCCGUCGCAGUCGCCCAGUCCAGUCUAUGGUCACAGCAGUCAGCCGGUCAUGGCCUCUACCAUGCCACGCCCACACACCAGACGCGUGUCACGCAGCCAGUGCCAGCUGGAGUGCUGUCGCCUGCCCCAUCUGGGUGACAGUCGCACUCGCAAUCGCAGCCGCAGCCGCAAGGAGCUGCUCUAUGCAGCACGCAGCGAAGUCUAUGGCCCAGCGCCGAUAUCGAGUAGAUAUGAUGACUAUAUGGCCACCAUGACCAGGCAGCUGCAUCUGGAUGACGAUGACAUCGAGCAAGAGGAGCAGGAGCAGCUCUAUGGCGAGCAGCGACAGAUAUAUAAUGGCUAUGGAGGCUUCUCCAGCGCCAGUUCCACGGAGCAACACUCCUCCAUUGGCGAUGAGCUGCCCUCGCUGGCGACGCUGCCGCGUCGUGCCGCCACACUGCAGCGUCCUGCGCAGCAGAGCCAGAGCAGAGAGCGCAUGGGCUACAACAACUCCAACUAUAGUUCGGGCUAUGGCACUGCGCCGCAUCCGCGACGCAAGCGUAGCCAGGCCACUGGCAAAUCCUUGGCCAUGACAUCGGCCAAGGCAAUGCCACAGAUUGAUUUUCCAGCACCGCCCCCGCUCUCGCCCGCGUACGACUAUUGCAAUCCGUAUGCUACACUGCCGUAUUGCAGCGUACCGGAUUGCGCCGAGUGCCAGCAGCAGGCGACGUCCCUCAUCUAUGCGGCACCAUCCACACUCUACGGACGGACGGGUGGAACGCAAAGCGAUUCGCCAAGCGACUCAUCGCUCUACGCCGGAAUUUAUUCGCGUAAAUUUGGCUUGAGCAAGAAGGGUCUGCUGCAGAUCGAUUAUUCCUGCAGUUGGAAUGAUUUGGAUCGUGUUAUGGGCCGUCAGUACUGAGUGCCCACUGUACGGCACUUGGGUCAUGGGUGUUUGGUUUUAGUCUCUAGUUAAACUAUUUACAUUAAGAAACAUCGAUCAAAACAAAAUGAAAGUAAAACCCAUUUGUACGUAAAUCACUUCACAUGCAUACAUAUACAUAUAUACAUACAUAUCUAAUUGAAAAGAAAAACAUGCAUCAACCCGUACCAAAUAAUUUAAAUUGUGUUUAGCAUCGCUCUUAGUCGCUCUCCAAGUCACGCAUCUAACGUGCAACAAGUCUUUGAGAUUAACGAAUAAAAUUGAUUUUACAAAUAAUGUA